AUGUCACUAUUACAAAUGUUUGCAGCAGUAAACGCCCUAAAUCGAGAUGAGCUGAUCAGAUAUUUGCAGUAUCAGCAAGAAACAAGAAAUACAUUUGAUUCCAGAAUCGAUCAAAGUUCUCAACCAAUUGGAUGGAUUGAUGGAGAACCGAUCUGGCCUCGAAUACUAGAAAAAGUUCCAAAAACACGGUUGUUUUACGACGAAAACAACGCUGGACUUGUUCAAAACAAUAUCACUCCUGUAGAUGUCAUCAAAAGAAUGGAUCGCCAAGAAAACUAUGAUAGAGUGAUAAAAUUUUUAGAUCGACUUACAAUUUAA